GAUGACGUCAGGAGGUAUUGCUGGUGUACUUUCCUCCUGUAACGUUACUAAGUUAGCUAGCGUGUGCAUCUUUGAAGGUUCAGCUUAAUUCACUGACAACUUGUUUCUGUAAAUUCACUUCAUAUUCACAUCUUCGGCAGCACCAUGAGCACGCUGUGGAUGGGGAACCUAGAGACCUAUAUGGAUGAGAAGUUCAUCACCAGAGCCUUUUCCACCAUGGGUGAGCAGGUGAUCAACGUGCGGAUCAUACGCAACAAGAUGACAGGUGUGUCGUCACCCAGGGGUGCUCUGGGUUACUGUUUUGUGGAGAUGACGGACGAGGCCACAGCUGAGAGAUGUCUCCGCAAAAUCAACGGAAAAGCUUUACCUGGAGCCAAUCCGCCCACAAGAUUCAAGUUAAACCGAGCCACCUUUGGGAAGCAAGACAGUGGUCAGAUGUAUUCUCUGUUUGUGGGAGAUCUGACACCAGAGGUCGAUGAUGGAAUGCUUUAUGAGUUCUUUUACAACCGAUACCCUUCCUGUCGUGGUGGAAAAGUGGUGCUGGACAGCAUGGGCAACUCCAAGGGUUGUGGCUUUGUUCAGUUCCCAGAUGAGCGGCUGCAGAAGCGGGCUUUAGAGGAGUGUCAGGGUGCUGUGGGACUGGGUGGUAAGCCUCUGAGACUGAGCCUUGCUGCUAACAAUUUAAGGAACAGGCAGCAGCAGCAGCAGUCAGAGCACAGAUCAUGGCAGUCCAGCUCAGGAUACAGAAACAACUAUGACCAGUAUAACCAGUACCAGCAGCAACAGGCCUAUUCUGGGUAUUACUCAUCCUGGGGCUACGACCAGACUGGAGGCGGUUAUGGCUACAACUACCCGCAGUAUGAGUACUCACAGUAUCCACCACCACAAGAAAGCGAAAGUGAAGCUGUUGAGGAUGAUGGACUUGAAGAUCCUAGUCUGGAGCUGGAUGUAAUAGAGGCCAACAGGAAGUUCAUGGAGAUCAGUGAGGAACUGUAUGAUGCUCUGAUCGAGUGUCACUGGCAGCCAGCAGAGUUAUCUACAGAACAGGACUGUAUGACAUCCAGCCUACCAGAGCCCAUUUACUGCUGAAACAGAACACAUUGUCUUUAUGUUGACAGUAUGGAUUAUUUUUGUAAGAACAUAAAAGGACAUGAGUGAUAGUAAUGGAUCUUAUUCAAGUGUAUAAACCUGUUUAAAUUUACUGUAAGUACACACAAGUCUGACUUUGACACUUUAAUCUCACUAUACAACAAAUGAUUUGGCCUCAUACAGGUUUGUGUCCGUGUUAAACAGAUAAACUGACAACCCAGUAAAGCCACACCUUUUUAGUGUAUAAAGAUAUUUAAAGUAUCUGAAAAAUGGUUGUGAAAUGUUUGGGACUAACCGUUGACUGUGUGUGUGUGUGUGCGUGUGCGCAGGUGUGUGUGCGUGUGCGCAGGUGUGUGUGCGCGUGCGCAGGUGUGUACAGAGCUUCCAGGUCUGUGACGUGAAGCUGAAGGUGUCUUAAACAUGCAUUCGAUCUUAUUACCAGCAGGGGACAGUGCCGAUGCCUGUAAUAAAAGAUCCAUGCAGUCUUAUGGAAAAACGA